AUGGCGGAAAUACCACACACCAAAGAAAUGUUUGAUAGGUUAACGAUGGGAAUUGUUAGAUCUUUAGAAAAACGGCCUGGUGUUAGUGAUGUUCGUCUGUUGGACAGAAAGCCAGCUGAAAGACACAUUGUUGUGUCAUGGGAACAGAAAAACUCAUGUAUGUUACCUGACGAUUUGAAACGAUUCUAUUUAACUACUGAUGGAAUGUUACUUCAAUGGAAUAUCAAAUUUGAUGAACAUGUGGGCCAGUUAGGUCGAAUGGAAAUCAAUGCUAUGUCAAAUGUCGUCAAGUUAGGGGGCAAUAAUUCCUCGAGUAAUACUCCAUCAUUGGUGGAUAUAGAUUACGACACAGAUGACGAAGAUAGCGAUGGUAUUGUUGAUAAUACUGCACCCACACCACAUUUUGAUACUCGUAGCCGUGUGUUUGAACUUGACCCAUGCGAAGGUUACGGUAAAGUGUGCUUUGUGUACCGAGAUACAAAACCAGGGUCACCAGCACAGCAUCCAGAGAUUUGGUUUUUAGAUCGCUCCUUGCGAUGGCAUUACCUGGCGGACACAUUUACCCAAUAUUUCAGACUAAUGUUAAUGCAUCUAGGUCUACCACAGUGGCAGUAUACAUUCACAGAUAUUGGACUCAGUCCACAGGCAAAGCAAUGGUUUAACAUGUAUGCUCCAGUAAGACUGACAAUGGAUGGCGAGUUAGUUGAGCAUAGAAGCAAAGAAUGGCCCGAUACAGACUCGGCACCGCCCUUGCCCGAUGUGCCCAUGAAUAAAUUAGAUCUGGGGAAAGUGUUCAAAGGACGAUUGGACAAGAAAGCCAAGGGUGGACAAAGUAAGAAGAAGCCAGCAUCUACUGCAUCCACUGCAAAACCUCCAUCUGGUACAUCCAGUGGAAGAAUGCCUAUGGGUCAAGGGUCAGCACAGAGCAAACCCAGAUAA